CCCCGUUUAUUAACGGUUGUUAAGUCUAGCCGAGAACUUUGCUGUGCUCUGUUUCAUACCAAUUCAGAUUUACACAAAUUUCAAAUAUGGAUACAAAGGAUUUCUGUCCUGCCGCAGCUACGCGCGCAUGAUGUGAGAAUGUGGCGCUUUUGGUGAAUUAAAUUGUCUUCUCGUUUAAAUGGCGCCGACUUCUUCCAGCUCGCGUAACGACUAGUGUGGACGCUAGUGUUAAGAAUUCCUCUGUGACAUUUCCUGUGACCACAGUGCCCAAUUUUGUACAUACAGUGCGUUCAAUGAUAGAGGAACCUGACAGCAGCGUCAUUUCAGCACCUGUUAUAAAGCACGGUUGCAGUUACAAUGCACAGCCUUCUGACACUUGCACUGCUGAUUCUGAGCUGGCCAGGCAGCCACAGGAACGCAUCCUCACAAAUGUCUGACGACAAUGACGCAGAUAUCUAUCUCACCUCGCCAGAGCUGAUCGCCAAGUACGGGUACCCAGUCCAAAGGCACAGUGUCCAGACUCAGGAGGGAUACAUUUUGGAGCUCCAUCGAAUUCCUCACGGGAGGCCGGAAACAACGGCUUCGCCAAGACCAGCCGUGCUGCUUCACCAUGCCUUUCUCUGCAGCUCCUUCGAUUGGGUCGUCUUGGGCCCAGACAAGUCCCUCGGGUUCAUCCUUGCCGACGCCGGGUACGACGUGUGGCUGGCAAACGCUCGGGGCAACACAUACUCCAGGAAGCACGUGUCUCUCAACCCAUCCGACCCCAAGUUUUGGCAGUACAGCUGGCACGAAAUGGGAACUCACGACGUCCCUGCCGAGAUAGAUCACAUCUUGGCGAUGACCGGUCAGAAGAAACUCUACUAUAUCGGCCACUCCAUGGGUACUACCAUGUUCUUCGUGAUGAUGUCACAGAGACCAGAAUACAAUGAGAAGAUAUAUGCCAUGCUCGCCUUCGCACCAGUGGCGUUUUUUACACCCUCAAAGAACCCAGUUAUCCACUUCGUGCAGACAAUGGCCGAAAUGUUCCUGGAGAAGCUGUUCAAGGUCAUUGGGCUUAACGAGUUCCUGCCUCAGGACGGUGUCCUCAAUCCGAUUAGCAUCGCCGCGUGCAAGGCCAGCGUCUUCACGAACUCUCUCUGCGUCGGCUUCAUAUUCUCCAUCGUUGGGAAGAGCACUCAACUGGACAGGGAGCGACUGGUGGUGAUGCUGGCCCACACGCCGGCAGGAGGCUCCUCCAGAGAAGUCAUACACUACGCGCAGGGAGCGCUGUCAGGCGAAUUCUGCCAGUUCGACUUCGGCACAGAGAAGAACAUGGAACUUUACGGACAGCCGUCGCCUCCGCGCUACAACAUGAGUCACGUGACAACGCCUGUCGCCAUGUUCCACAGUGAUAACGACAAGCUUGCACCCAUAUACAACGUAAAUAAGGUCUUCAGCGCCUUGUCUAACGUGAUCGGCAAUUUUCGAGUGCCUCUGAAGACAUUCAAUCACCUGGACUUCAUGUGGGGCAAAGAUGCCAAUUCUCUUGUCUACGAGGAUGUUGUGAAUAUCAUGAAGAGAUAUGAAGACGAUGCAUGAGCGUAACGACCGUAAACAUCUGGACGUCACGUAGUGCAGAGACGCCACGCAACUGUCACACCGACAUCUAGCGAGAAGUCCGGCAACUAAACAAAAUGCAAUUUCCCUACGUGCUGUUGCUUUACUGAUAUACUGAAGCACAAUAAUAGAUUGGUUACCGGCAGUUUGUAUCAUAUUUCCGAAAUAUACAGAACAAUUGUAAAUU